AGUGUACGUUCCGGGAGCCGUCAGUUAAUGGAGUGCUUUCGAGCGAUACGGACGUGUACGGUACGGCGCCUGUAAGCGACUGUGACGCACAGGUUGUUUGUGAUCGAUCGGUGCAAAGGGUGAAAAGCAGCAGUAGUGUACAGUUCGCGGGUGCAGAACGUGGUGGUGCUUACGUCUUCCAUUGCCUUGCCAACGAGGUGGAAGUAACUUAACGUUAGUGACAAUAAAGCAUAAUGGCGAAAGUGGUGCUGAUCGUGACUGUUGCGGCGGUGGCCAUCAUUGGCUGCAGUACGGCUGCCGAUGUGGAGGAAGCGAAAAAUGCGAAAGAUUCCUAUCUGGCGGCGUUGAAAAAUUCACACAAAAUUAAUGCACUACCGUAUAAAGGCACACCGAUCCGGAUAUCCCGGGGCGACUACAACAUCGUCCCAUCCAGCUCGUACGAUUACAGUGUUCCUGCGGGAAGCUAUGGACCACCAACCUCCACCGGCAAUGAGCUGUAUCAACCGGCUCCACAUAAAGAGUACGGCCCACCAGCACCAAAGCCCGUCUAUGGUCCGCCGAAACCUAUCUAUGGACCACCCCCACCACCACCACCACCAUCCGGCCCCGUUAGCCAUGGCAUGCCGUACUUCAGCCCAGAAAACUGGCUACUAAGCAAGCUAAAGUUUAAGUUCGAUCUCUUCACGAUCGGCAAAAUACUGCUGAAGCUGGUAAUCUUCAAGAAGAUCGUCAAGUUCAUCGCCCUGCUCUGUUUGCUGUUCUUCAUUCCAACGCUGAAGCCUUCCGGCGGCGGUGGCCACAGUGAGGAAAGCAGCGAAGAAGAACGUCGACGAUCGUACGACUUGCAGUUUGACUACGAACGACGGCUCGGUGAGAUGACCAAGUUUGGACUAACUGCGCUGGAAGCGUUCACCGUCGAUAACGCACUGUACUGCCCGGAGGAGAACCUGCUUUCCUGUCGCUUCAAGCGCAUGUUUGACGUCAUCGAUGAGUCUUAUCCCGUGUCCAGGAUCUACACCAUUUAUCUGCCGCCAACGGAGAGGGACAGUGCGCUGCAAAGUGCAUCGUCGGAGGAAGAGCAUGACACGCGAAAGCAGCCCGAUAGUAAUGUGGGUCAGGAGGAAGAAAAUUAGCUGCCAUAUGAAUAUCGGUACCAGGCCGGGGUAGUGUACUGUUCGUGUUAGUAAAGAAAGUCAACUCUGGCAGAGCUGUUGCAGUGUUUAGUUUUGUUUCGAAUAAAAUAUUUAAUAAUUUAUU